GGCAGGGGAGAAAUUUCUCGGCACAACACCUGCUGCUCUUUGGACCCCAGGAAAGUUCGGACGACAUGGCGGGCCGAGACAGGAUCGUUCAUCUGCUCAGACAGUUGGAGCGCGCAGUGUGCAGAUGCCCCGCCCACUCCAACACUUUCCACCAAGGUAGGCUGAUGCUCGGCCCACAGCUUCACCAGAACCAGUUCAGAAGCAGCUGGUUGCAGUGGAAGGAUCAUUCAGAAGGUGGGGGCCCUGGCCCUGCCACAGAAUUUCAGGUUCUGAUCGGGGAAAAUUUUUGUGUCCGAGGGCCAGUUCCAAACAUCGAUACGGCCCCGGAUCAGCAAGAAAAUCGGCAGUGGGUCUGUUUUCAGGACCUGCGGAACCUUGGAGCCAAAAACGUGUGCCUGAUGACCGACCAGAACCUCGCCCGCCUCCCUCCUAUGAAGGCCGUCCUCGAGUCUUUGACCGCCAACAGAAUCACCUUCAAAGUCUUCGACAACAUCCGAGUAGAGCCUACAGACUCCAGUUUCAAGGAGGCCAUCUCCUUUGCUAAGAAGGACUCGUUUGACGUGUUUGUGGCGGUGGGCGGCGGCUCGGUGAUGGACACCUGUAAGGCUGCCAACCUGUAUUCCUGUCAUCCUGAAGCUGACUUCUUGGACUUCGUCAAUGCUCCGAUCGGAAAAGGCCGACCGGUGACCAAAGCUCUGAAGCCGCUGAUCGCAGUUCCCACAAAAAGCGGCACGGGGGCGAACCCCUGGGGGCCAUUUUACUACGAGCCGCUGAAGGGUAAAACAGGUAUUGCUAGCAGAGCCAUCAGACCCACGCUGGGCAUCGUGGACCCCCUGCACACCCUGAGCAUGCCUGAACGGGUCGCCGCCAACAGCGGCUUCGACGUGUUGUGUCACGCCCUGGAGUCCUACACCGCCUUACCCUACCACCAGAGGGCGCCCUGUCCCACCGACCCCAUCCUCCGUCCCGCUUACCAGGGCAGCAACCCCAUCAGUGACGUGUGGUCGCGCCAUGCCCUGAACGUGGUGGCCAAGUUCAUGAAGAGGGCUGUGCGGGACCCGGAGGACCUUGAGGCCCGGUCCAGCAUGCACCUGGCUAGCGUGUUUGCAGGGAUCGGCUUUGGGAACGCCGGAGUCCAUCUGUGUCAUGGGAUGUCGUACCCGAUCGCUGGAAACGUGAAAAGCCACGCAGCGAGGGGCUACAGCGUGGAGCACCCCCUGGUGCCCCACGGCCUUUCCGUGGUCCUGACCUCGCCGGCCGUCUUCAGCUUCACUGCACCAAUGUGCCCGGAGCGCCACCUGGAGGCUGCAGAGAUCCUGGGUGCAGACGUGCGGCGGGUGAAGCGUGAGGAUGCCGGGGAGGUUCUGGCCGACACGCUGCGGCAGUUCCUGUCCGACCUGCAGGUGGAGGACGGACUGAUGGCCGUGGGCUACAGCCGAGACGACAUCCCGGCUCUGGUGAAGGGAACCCUCCCUCAGGAGCGGGUCACCAAGCUGUCUCCGCGGGCGCACACCGAGGAGGACCUGAGCCAGCUGUUUGAAUCCUCCCUGAAGCUCUACUGACUACAGCCACCAGGGGGAGCUGCUGUCAGGGUGAACCUGAUGGCGACGGUUCCUCUGAUCUGAGAUCAGAGCUUCAGAAGGAAAGAUUCUGGCUCUGAUGCUUCAGGCCUUUCAGUGAUUCUCAUAUUUAAUCGGUAGAUUUAGUUGUUGAUUAACCAACAUUUCAAGCUUUGCUGGAUCAUCUCUGGGUGUGAUGGGGGGGGAGGCGAGGAGCAGUAAAUGAAAUCAAAUGGGAGAGAAAUUAGAGGGUUCAGACUGAGAUGGACCAGAUGGGCAGCAGGUUCUGAUGGACCGCAGCCUCCUGCUGCCGCCAUUUUAGCGUCCUACCAGAGGGGCGCUCUAAAUUUCUUAGCUUUUAAUUUCUGCUCUGAUUAUCAGCUUUGCCACAUAAAUGACUCUAGAUUCUUGAUGUUUGAUCAUCUAAACGUUUGCUAAUAAAGUUUUGUUAAACAUUCAAAAUAAAAGGAUUUCACUGAACUUCA